CGGGGGUCAUAUUGUUUUUCUUGUGACGUUGCAUAAUUUAACACGCGAAGGAUUCCAAUAUAUUUUUUAUGAACAGGCCUGUACCGUCCUCUCGGUUUGCUCCGUAGGCCCCGCUGAUUGGCCUAACGACAAGCGGAGUUUGUUCUACACUAAGGGAAAUCGCCGCAACCACCAUGGAGAUCGUAAAUCAAAUUUUCGAUGGCGGCGCUAAUUCCCCCCCGCCUAAUCCCAUGGCUUCCCUUUCUUCUUUUCAUCUCUUGUCGGAUGCUGCAACCAACUUGUGACGUGCUCCAUGGUUUUUGAUGGGCGACCCUCUACCGGCUGCUAUGCAUGCCGACAACGCAAGGUCAAGUGCGACGACAAACGGCCCAAUUGCACGCGAUGCGAAAGAGCAGGCCGCGUGUGCCCCGGCUAUAGAGAUCCUUUCGAGCGCAUCCUUCGCGACCAGACAUCCUCUGUUGUGAACCGAAGAGGGACGAGGGGCAUUCCCGGUACAAGCAAGCGUCAAGCGCGGACACAAGAAUCAGCAGCAGCAAAACAGGAUGCAAGCAGCACCGCUAUAGUGGUAAAGGUGCCGCCGCCGUUAGCCCAGCACAUUGAAGAACGCGCACAAUGCCACUUCAUCGCCAACUACAUCUGGGACUCGCCGACUGCUGGCAGCGGCAUCAACGAGUACUUUGGCUCGCUUAUCCGCGAGGACUCCUCUGGCACAUUUAAAAAGGCCAUGGAGGCCUGCGCUCUGGCGUCGCUCAGCGCUCAGGUGGGCGGCGGGCACUCGCUUAGGGUCAAGGUCAUGGAGCUGUAUGGUCAGGCUCUGUCCAUGGCUGCUUUGGACAUACAGGACCCGGAGCGGAAUAAGAGAGACGAUACGCUGGGCGCCGUGCUGCUCUUUGGGUUGAUUGAUAACCUCAUCCCCUCCGACUCUAGUAUAUAUCAACCGGCCAAGCACAUAUUCGCGGCGGUAGAUUUAGUUCGCUUGCGUGGUUAUGCACAGCUGCAGACUGCGCGCGGCAGAAGCAUGUUUAACCGGGUGAAGCUUGCCAUGCUGCGCCUCUUGGGCAUGUCCAACGGAGAGGCCCCGCCGGAUCAUGCAUUCUGGGACCAACCAGGCGUCCUCCGGUGGCGGCACGAUUUUGACAGUCUUAUGUGGGAUUCGAUGUUUCUACAAAGCAGGGUAAACAACGUGCUUAAGCACACACCAAGAAGUGCAGAUAAUGCACACCUCGUACUGAACAAGAUGCGAGAGUGCCAGGAAGCGCUGCGGAAGCUCAAGGAGUGGAAUGACCGCGACUACAGCCCCGAGCUGUUCAAGAUGGAGCCCGUGGCCUGGGUGCACACGGUACCCGAUGUCGAUCUGGAGACCUCUCCUGUGUACCCUGGUCCGAUAUACGCCGUGAGUUGCUUUAGCAGCGCAGUAGCCCGCCAGUCUGGCUGGGUGGUAGCUCUGACGCUGCACAUCCAUGUCAUCCGGUGCACCGCCUGGCUAUGCUACCCCAACGACUACCGUACCACGCCAGAGUACAUUUCGAGCUCGCAGCAAUGCGCCGAAAUGAUAGUUGAUAUCAUCGGGACCACGCCCUACAUGUUGGGGUGGUUCCAGCAGCAGCAGCAAAAGAAGUUCAUACCCGCUGACAUGCAGCUGCCUAGAUUCCUGUGCGGUAACGAUAGGCAUCCCACGUAUCUCGGCGGCGACCUCAUCUGCUGGGUGCUGGGUGCCAUUGUGCUUAACGACUUUAGCACGAAUUCCCAGCGACUCUGGGCCCGCGCGAGGCUACGGCAUAUUUACCAGACAUGCGGACUGCAUCAGGCCAGGACACAGUCAGAGUUGACAUUUAGGGACCCAUCCAUGAGAAUUGCCAUGGAUUUGGAAAAUAUGGUGCCAGCUGAGGGGCCUGCUCUAUCUCACAGCACCGCUUUCCCUGAGUCUGGAUGGAACUUUCGCGCCCAACGGUGAAAAUGCACCUUUGAAGUCGGGACACAUUCUCAGACCAAUGAAUCCACAUUCAUUAUGAGAAAGACACUUUCACGUUAUAAUGAUCUGUACAUAUUAUAAUUUAGCAAUAUAUGCGUAUAUAUUUGAAAAAGCUGUAACUGUGUGUGGUAUUAUACUGUAUGACUCUAUAUGCGAUGCGCAGCCUAUGGCGCUUUUAAAAACGAAUAAUAGACAGAAACAGAUGCAAUGAAGAAGUAACAAAACACCGGGCUCCGGUUGAAUAUGCUCCGAAUAUAUCUUUCUUUUGUAGUGUGGUGAGGGUUUACGCGGAACCCUUCUUCUCAGCAGGGGCGGGCUGCUUGGACUUCCAGAGAGCAAAGGCAGCAACAAGGACGACCUUGAGGCCGACGACUGUCCACAGCGAGGGCUGGACGGCGGCAGACGCUUUGGAGAUCCAGCCACCAGCAAUGGCACCAGUAAGAGUCAGGACAAAGGCGAUGGCGCGGCGGUCGCGCUUGUCGUUGCGGUCGGUGUGGAAGAGCUUGGGGUCGGACAUGAGAUCGCAGACCAUGGAUGUGAUGACGACGGUGGGAACCUCGCCGACACUGAGGGCGCGACUGCUGACAAUCUGGCCAGCGGCCUGGAAGCUGAGCAGGGCAAUAGGAAUGAACUCGUUGUAAUCGACCGAUCCGGCGGGGCGAUGCGAGGGGUAGGUUCCGUCGAGAAUGCCGCCCUGGACGAUACCGGCGGCAAUGGCUACAAGAACAGCCUGGAGGAAGAAGGAGAACAUGAGGGUGCCGCGGCGCUUGGGACCGAGGAACUUAUAGAGGCGAGCAAAGGAGAGGGAUCCGAUGGCGAAGCAACCAAUGGAAAGGAGAGAUCGUGCCCAACCAAGGGGCUUGUUGUUGAAGCCAGACGAACCGAGGGCGACGAAAAUCGUGUUACCUGUGAGUGUGGUUAGACGCCUAUUUUUUUCAUCGUCCAAUAGGCACUAUCGCGCGGCUAUCCGCGAGGCUUGCGUGCUUGUGGCUGCGCGCGAAACCGGCGAACAGCGCCGUGUUUUUUUCCUUUUCAGCUUACCAGUCUGCAUGGAAACGAAGGUUCCGUAGGCUACGCGUCAAUGUUAGCAGGCGACAAACAAAAGAGAGACCAGGACUGUAAAAAACUCACCUCCGUAGAUGGUACCAUCCGUCAAACCAGAAAUAAAACAGCAAACCAGCAUGGGAAUAAAGGCGAGCGUGGUGUCGAGUUCCUCUGAGAUGCGCUGUGUCAUGGUGCGAGCAGGCUUGAUCUGAGGACCACCAGCGCUUUCGGUGUCUGAGUUGGAGUUGGAGGUGUUGUUUACGUCCAUUUUGGACUGGUCGACGGGAGUAGCCAUGGCUGCUGCAGGUGAGGCUUAGAAUUGUUGGUGAAGAAACCAAGAAUGAAGAAGAAGAAGAAGAAGAAGAAGAAAAAAAAAAGAAGAAAGAGAGUUGACGCUUGUCAGGAAAUUGCGCCAGAGGGAAUGUGCCGGACAGAGUAAGCCGGGUGCCAGUUUUCGGGGGGCGUGGUCCGAAAAAGGUGGUGUGGCUGAUAAGGUUUACAGGGCGAUGGGGCGCACGAUAAUUAGGUGAUGUAGUUGGGGGGUGUGGAUUUUACUAGUAAGAGUCAAGACGCUUGGGGAUGCUAAAUGGAAGAUUCCAAAAAGGAAUAAAAAAAUGUACGAGAGAGCACUAAAAAAGAUCAACAGGAUAAGACAAAGUGAGAGGAGCAGCGGCGAAAUGUAAGAAAAAGAGGAUCCGGGCACACUCACAGUCUGAUGCGAGGACUAAUAAUCAGAGGCAGACGAGGAUUUGCCGGAUGUAGUCUGACUACUAGCGCUUGGCUGAGCAUGAGAGAACGUACA